AUGGAGAUCCGAAGAAUUUUUCUCUACCCGGUCAAAUCCUUACUUCCCGUUGAGGUAAGCUACGCAGAGCUGACCUCGGAAGGAUUGCGAUUUGAUCGCCAGUACAUCUUGGUCAAGAUGCCACCUCAGCCAGCUGCACCGAAUGCGUCCGAAAGCGAACUCGGGCUUGUUGAGCAUUUGGCCAUCAAAAAGAAUUUUCUCCUAGCUCUGUUCCAACCUUCUAUCCAUGAUGGCUGGUCAAAGCUUACUAUUCGACACACAAUAGCUCGGCCUGAAUCCUCCAUCACGAUGUCACUGACACCAUCCCCCUCACUUUGCGCAAACGCAUCCAAGUUUAAGGUGAGCAUAUUUGGGACCUCCGCUAUAGCCAUUGAUAUGGGAGACAAUCCCGCCUGCUUCUUCCGCAAACACCUUGGCAUGGAUGUCCGCCUCUGUUUUAUUGGUGGGAAUGGCAAGCGUAUGUUGCCUGGUGUCGCUUUUGGAUCCAGGGUAGGCGCUGCAAAAGUUCUGCCACCUGGUUCCCCAUUACUUGAUGAGAGAGUACAAGCUCAGAGGACGCGCUUUGCCGAUGCCGCACCCUAUCUUAUUACCUCGUCGGCGUCUGAAGAAGAUGUUAGGUCUCGUCUUCCGGUCGAGAAUCAGGCCGAGGAUGUGAUCAUUAGGCUACGGCCCAACAUUCACAUCGGCGUUGACGACUCCACACCCCCUUAUGAUGAAGAUGACUGGGACACAAUUCUCGUUUAUGAUGGUGAUCCCAAGACAAAGCAGGUUGUACCGAAAGCGACUAUACAAUUGUAUGGACUUUUGGCCAAAGAUCGUCGAGUUAAUCCUUUGUAUCCACACAAGCCAGUUUUUGGCCAAUAUGCCUAUAGUACCUCUGUUGGACAAACUCUGAGAGUUGGUGAUGUAGUUAGAGUCCUACGCAGAAAUGCCCCAACUUGA